CUAUACUAUGUUAUGUUAUUGUCGUUGAUGAUAAUAUACAUUCCUUAUGAGUCAUGGCUAAUGUGAGAUAAAAAGAUAAUUGCCUUUUCAUUGUGAACUGUUUAAUAUACAAUAUUUAAUAUUUAAACAAUAUUACGCUGCAAGUUUUAAGCAUAAUUUUAUAAAAUAUAUUUUAACGUCCAAAGUUUUUAAUGUUAUUGUUACCAAAGUAUUUCAACUAAUUUGUUUUUGGAUAUUUAAUUAUUAUACGCAAUGGAGUGGCUCUUUGGAAAACGGGUAACACCGGAUGAAAUGCUUCGUAAAAAUCAACGGGCAUUGAAUAAAGCAAUGAGAGAUUUAGAUCGUGAAAGACAAAGGAUGGAACAACAAGAGAAAAAAAUAAUAGCUGACAUUAAAAAAUUAGCUAAAGAAGGACAAAUGGAUGCUGUUAAAAUCAUGGCUAAAGAUUUAGUAAGAACACGAAGAUAUGUUAAAAAAUUUAUGUUAAUGAAAGCGAAUAUUCAGGCAGUUUCAUUAAAAAUACAAACGUUAAAAUCUCAAAAUACAAUGGCAAAUGCUAUGAAAGGUGUUACCAGAGCUAUGCAGAAUAUGAACAAACAACUAAACCUACCUCAUAUACAAAAAAUAUUGCAAGAAUUUGAAAAACAAUCUGAAAUAAUGGAUAUGAAAGAAGAAAUUAUGAAUGAUGCUAUUGAUGAUGCAAUGGAAGAUGAAGGUGACGAAGAAGAAAGUGAUGCAGUAGUAGCGCAAGUUCUGGACGAGCUUGGUCUCCAACUAACCGAUCAAUUAUCUGGAUUGCCUCAAGCUACAGGCUCUCUCAGUAUUGCUGGUUCUAAGCAGCCUGUAGCAACAGCGGCUGGUGCCGGUGGAGAAGAUGCUUCGGGAGGAGGCAGCAAUCUUCCAGAUGCAGAUGCAGAUCUUCAAGCAAGAUUAGAAAAUCUGCGAAGAGAGUAGAAAUUUAUAAUUAUUAUAGGGCGAUUAAUAUAAUAAUAGAAUUUCUAACAUAUUUUUUGACGCCGCUUGUGACUAUCUUAUUUUAUUUUAUUAUUAAUCUAAAAAUUAUUCCUACUAGAUAAAAAAUAUGUAUAUAGUAUUAUUUA